CCGAACACCGGUUUGUUUCUCCGUAUUUGCUCGGUGACCAAAAUAAAUUUAAACCCCAGAUUUAUUUUAAAUUAUGGAUAAAGAGAACUAUGAAACCUACGAAUUCUUACCUGCGUCUGGAAGCAGUACAGAAGCGGAACCCUAUCAGUUCUUUGUUGUCCAAGACGAUGGGACGUUUCUUAUUAACAGACAAGUGCAAUAUGUGACUCAAGUGCAAGACACCCAGGAAGUUCUAGAGGGAGAGCAAGCCUGCACCAUGCUGGAUGUGGCUCCGCAGCAGUUCUAUGUUGACAUUGACACAACUACUGAAAUGAUCUCUGUACCAGACCAGUUCAGCAUACCAGAAGGAACCAACAAUUUGUAUGCUAACAGCUACCUUUUACAACCUGAAGCUGAGGCUCCAGUAGAUCAGGUAAGAACCAAAGUUGAACUAAAACCAAUCUUGCAAGCAGAUAACUCUGUCAGUGAAACUAAUAAGCAGGAUGGUAUGUCGGGAAAUAACUUAACAGAGAUAACUCUGACAGAUGAGCAAUAUCACAUACUGGAACAGAAGGGCUGGAUUUUACUAGAAACGAACGAGAAGGUGUAUGUCCUAGACACUUUAGGGCUACACGACAUAACUAAUAACGGAAAAUUAAUACAAAAGCUGAAAACAGAAGAUACCGCCCCUAGUGGAACUGAAGCCAGGGUAACUGAAACUGAACCCGGCCUGCUAAAGAUAGAGUAUCCGCCACUAAAUGAAAUGGACAUGGAGAAACUGGAUUGUGCUCAGAAUGAAAACAAAGUAGAAGAGUCAGAAUUAUCUUUGAUGGUGGAUGAUAAUAUUGAUAGUAAAGAUCUAAAACAUGAGAAAUCCCAAUGGGACGAGAAACCUAUCGCAGAGAAAACAGACCCUCGUAAUAAAGCUCUGGUGGAAAACCUUUACUCCGGGGUUUGUGACAACUGGAAAGAUGAGAAUGUUUUACGAAUACGCACAGACUUCUGUCUAAAAGAUAUUCCAGAUAAGAUUGUAUUAGGAAAAACUAAAAAUGGAAAGAGGCUGGUUUGCCGGGUCAUCAAACCAGACGAACAUGUUGCCGAUGAAACCCAACAUUCCGAUGCAGACAUGGAUAGCAUUUCAGACUCGAUUGGGUCUAGCGAUUUGGGUGACGACAAAUUAGACAGCAUAUUCAGAAUGUGCUUCAUGGAGAGCGCCGUGAAGUACAGCAGCGAGGACGUGGCGUUCGCCGGGAAGGUCAUCCGGAACCUGGUGCGGCUGCCGGCGGUCAAGCCCGCUGUGGCGAACCGCAACGUGCUCGUCACUAAGAGCACCGUGAAGUACAGCACCGAGAAUGUGGCGUUCGCCGGGAAGGUCAUCCGGAACCUGGUGCGGCUGCCGGCGGUCAAGCCCGCUGUGGCGAACCGCAACGUGCUCGUCACUAAGAGCACCGUGAAGUACAGCACCGAGAAUGUGGCGUUCGCCGGGAAGGUCAUCCGGAACCUGGUGCGGCUGCCGGCGGUCAAGCCCGCUGUGGCCAGCCGCAACGUGCUCGUCACUAAGAGCACCGUGAAGUACAGCACCGAGGACGUGGCGUUCGCCGGGAAGGUCAUCCGGAACCUGGUGCGGCUGCCGGCGGUCAAGCCCGCUGUGGCGAACCGCAACGUGCUCGUCACUAAGAGCACCGUGAAGUACAUCACCGAGAAUGUGGCGUUCGCCGGGAAGGUCAUCCGGAACCUGGUGCGGCUGCCGGCGGUCAAGCCCGCUGUGGCCAGCCGCAACGUGCUUGUUACUAAGAGCACCGUGAAGUACAGCACCGAGAAUGUGGCGUUCGCCGGGAAGGUCAUCCGGAACCUGGUGCGGCUGCCGGCGGUCAAGCCCGCUGUGGCGAACCGCAACGUGCUCGUCACUAAGAGCACCGUGAAGUACAGAACCGAGAAUGUGGCGUUCGCCGGGAAGGUCAUCCGGAACCUGGUGCGGCUGCGGGCGGUCAAGCCCGCUGUGGCCAGCCGCAACGUGCUCGUCACUAAGAGCACCGUGAAGUACAGCACCGAAAAUGUGGCGUUCGCCGAGAAGGUCAUCCGGAACCUGGUGCGGCUGCCGGCGGUCAAGCCCGCUGUGGCGAACCGCAACGUGCUCGUCACUAAGAGCACCGUGAAGUACAGCACCGAGGACGUGGCGUUCGCCGAGAAGGUCAUCCGGAACCUGGUGCGGCUGCCGGCGGUCAAGCCCGCUGUGGCCAGCCGCAACGUGCUCGUCACUAAGAGCACCGUGAAGUACAGCACCGAGAAUGUGGCGUUCGCCGGGAAGGUCAUCCGGAACCUGGUGCGGCUGCCGGCGGUCAAGCCCGCUGUGGCGAACCGCAACGUGCUCGUCACUAAGAGCACCGUGAAGUACAGCACCGAGAAUGUGGCGUUCGCCGAGAAGGUCAUCCGGAACCUGGUGCGGCUGCCGGCGGUCAAGCCCGCUGUGGCCAGCCGCAACGUGCUCGUCACUAAGAGCACCGUGAAGUACAGCACCGAGGACGUGGCGUUCGCCGGGAAGGUCAUCCGGAACCUGGUGCGGCUGCCGGCGGUCAAGCCCGCUGUGGCCAGCCGCAACGUGCUCGUUACUAAGAGCACCGUGAAGUACAGCACCGAAAAUGUGGCGUUCGCUGGGAAGGUCAUCCGGAACCUGGUGCGGCUGCCGGCGGUCAAGCCCGCUGUGGCCAACCGCAACGUGCUCGUCACUAAGGUAGUGGUGACGCAUGAAGAUGCUAAUCUUAUAGAGAGCCUGCCCACGUUGGUGACUGGAGAGGUGGUGGCCAUGGAAAACACUUGGCGAUUCGUUCACCGGCCAGAACUAUACGCUACUGCGAAAGAUGAGCUCUCACAAUCACUAGACAACUACUCUGGAGUGGACCACAACUUUCUGCACAUUCACAUCCACGAGAUUCGACUGCAAGACAUUGUGCGGACAUCGGUCACUUUAAAUAAGCGACGCCUGGAACUAUCAAGCACGCAGCAUUCAGAAAGGAUAUUCAUACCAGCUCUGCCGUUGAACGCCUCCGCCAAUGUGGAACCAGAAAACACUAUGUUUGGCUACGCUUGCGGGACCUGUGCCGCGAUAUUCAGAUCAGAGAAAGACCUCAACACACAUCGAGAGGUAAUAUCACACAUUAACACAGUCCAGCUCUGCCGCUGA